UUUCUAAUUCGAGAAGAAGAACUCGGUUCGGGGAAAAUAUGUAAAUUAAAAUAUUAUUAUUUUAAAUUUAUUAUUAUCCAUUCCGUGUUAAACGAAAGCUCUACUAUAGGAAUAUGUAAAAUCGGCUAAUUAAAAUGGACAAAGAAAAUCGAAUUGUUGUAUUGAUAGAUAUGGAUUGUUUUUAUUGUCAAGUGGAGGAGAAACUUAAUCCAGAGCUAAAAGGAAAACCUAUUGCAGUUGUGCAGUAUAAUCCGUGGAAAGGCGGAGGAAUAAUAGCCGUAAACUAUGUAGCCAGAGCAAGGGGAGUCACGAGACACAUGCGAGGUGAUGAAGCAAAAGCAAAAUGUCCAGAUAUCCAGUUGCCAUCUGUACCAUGUCAGCGAGGAAAAGCGGAUAUAACAAAGUAUAGAGAUGCAGGCAAAGAGGUGGCUAAAGUGUUACAAAGAUUCACUCCACUGAUGGAGCGAGCCUCCAUAGAUGAAGCCUAUCUAGAUAUUACUAUGACAGUACAAGAACGUCUUCAGAACAUAAAUAUUAACACUGUGACCAGUGAGAUGACUCCAAACUGCUUUGCCUUGGGAUAUAACAGCAUGGCAGAUUUCGUGUCAGAUGUGCAUGGCUGUGGGGAGGACAUGGAUUUUGAUCAUGAGCACGCUACCCGGCUGCUCGUUGGAGCACUAGUGGUCUCUGAAAUAAGGGCAGCUGUAUACAAUGAAACAGGUUACAGGUGCUCUGCAGGCAUCGCCCACAACAAGAUACUGGCGAAGCUGGUGUGCGGCAUGAACAAGCCAGACAAGCAGACUGUACUGCCCAAACACUCAGUCAACACCCUGUAUCAAACACUACCAGUCAAAAAGGUAAAGCAUUUAGGCGGAAAGUUCGGGGACACGGUGUGCGCGUUGUUGAGGAUCAAGCACAUGGCUGAGCUGCAACAGUUCAGCGAGAAAGACCUUCAGGCUAAAUUCGACGAGAAAAACGGAUCAUGGUUGUACAACAUAGCUCGUGGGAUAGACACAGAAGCGGUUCAAGCUCGAUACAAUCCCAAGAGUAUAGGGUGCUGCAAGCAGUUCAGAGGCAAGAGUGCUCUCCGCGAUUUGCACAGUCUGAUUAGGUGGCUCAAAGACUUGGGGGAGGAAAUAGACGAUAGAUUGGAGAAGGACGCCCUGGAAAACAACCGCAGCCCACGCCAGAUGGUGGUGAGCUACUCCGUCGAAGUUGACCGUGACAUUAGCAGUUCCAGAUCCUAUAACUUUAGUACAGACGAUGACCUGUGCGGAGAACUGUUCUCCAGCAAGGCACUAGAGUUGGUCCUGGACGGUAUGGAAGGAAGUAAAUAUGAAGAUGGCGAAAGCAACAGACAAUUAAAAUAUCCAAUCAAAUUCCUUGGCAUCAGUGUUGGGAAAUUCGAGGAUCAUUCGGAAAGCAAGAAAACAAAGAAAAUUAAAGAUUAUUUCGCCGCUGGACCAUCUAAAGAAGUUCAAUGCGAUUCUAAAGAGCCAAAAGAAGUAUUUACUAAAAUAGAGAAAAACACGUCCUCUAAAAGUGGUAAAGAUGAAAUUAUGCGAAAAUUUCUCCAAAAAUGCGAAUCGAAAGAUUUAAAAGACGAUAGGAUCAAUCCAAGGUCAGAGUCAAACUACAAACCGCAUUUAGAAUCAUUGUUAGAUAAGCAGGAAUCGUUUUUUGCAAAGUUCUUAAAUAAAGAAAACAUAGAAGGUGGUUUAAAUCAAUCACCCGCGUCUAGUAGAGGCCAGAACAACGUCACUAAUUCUAGUGAAGAAGCCGAGAUUACUACUGAAGAAGUCAAAGUAGCAGGUGGUGUUGAUACUUGUAAGGAUGACAGCAACGACACCUACUGCUCAGGGUCUACCAUCGAAGAGGAGAUUAACAAAAGCAUUGCACUUUUUAAGGAAGACGCUGACGGCGUAGACAGAGUGAGCAAAAUGCGACAACUUCUCAGCUCCACGGGAAAAGAAAACGAUAUUCAAACUGUUGAAACAAAAGAAUCACAUCAGGAUGAGCAACCUCACUAUUCAAAAGAAGAAUGUAUUGAAUGUAGUGAGUGUCGCAAAAUGAUUGCAAUGGACGCGCUUGAUGUUCACUCAGACUACCAUCUCGCUCUGAAACUACGAGAUGAAUAUAGGCAACAGGCCCGAAACGAAAUUAAAGAAAAAUCUAUACUAAAAGAAGUAGUGGAUAGAGACACAAAGAAGAAAAAGCCAACCGAGACGACGAAGCCUCAAACAAUUUUGUCCAUUACGAACUUUCUUACGAAAGUAGAUACCACAGUUCCAACUAAAAUAUGUUCAGAAUGCGGGAAAAGAAUAGCAAAUGACAAGUUUAUGGAGCAUUUAGAUUAUCACGAAGCUCAAAAGUUAAGUAGACAAAUAAACAAAAAAGUUGCUAAUAUUGUUAGCAAAACUACUAGUAGUAGUGGUAGUAGUAUUAAAAGAAAAAGAAAAUCAGAAUCGCCAACCAAGAAACCAAAAGUUCCAUGUAAAUCAAUAAACUCGUUCUUUAAAUCAUGACCCCAAACUAGUCUCUAAUGAAUUUAGAUCUGUACAUAAUGUUUAAUAUAAAUAUAAUAAUGAAAUGUAUUUAUGUUUAA